GCCCUCUGCGCAUGGGUGCAGGAGAAGGCGCGACUGUGAAUGUAUUCUUGUUACCAAGAAAACUGGAUUCGAAAGCGAGGGUGCUACCCUCUCACAAGUAUAAGCCAGAGAUAAAUGACACCCCAAGAGUAAUUCCUCCUAGCCCAGUUGUUUCCUUGGAACAGGCCAAAACGAAAUCAAAAGUCGAAUUGGACCUUCAACUUGACAGUGACACAUGCAUAGAAGGUGGAUAUAUGAAAGGAAGUGUAGUCAUCAACAUUCGGUCUUCGAAGAAAGGUGUUCCGAUAUACCUAGGAGAUGGAAAGGUCAGAGUUAUUGGAUUCGAAGCACCACUCAGUAACAUUUCGCCCUUUAUUCAUCAAGUCUACGCUUCCCUUGCUGAUGAAGAAGGAUUUUAUCCGGGAAAAGAAGGAGAGUAUCUACUCCCCUUUGCAAUGCGAUUGCCUCCACGACAAAAGAACCUGCCUUAUAUUGCACUGGUCUCAAUUAUGUUAAAACAUCCACGAACGAAUGCGAAAUCUAUCGCGCAUUUCUAUAGGACCAUUGAAGUGUGGCCAUUACUUGACCUAGGCUCCGUUCUCGCUGCAGCACCUAGUCCCUUAUUUGCUACGACCUCGAAAUCGCUAUCCUCAGGGAGCUCCGGGACCAUCGAAUUGACCGCGAGCUUACAUCGGGCUACGUGGGUAGCAGGGCAACGAUGUUAUAUCAAAUUAUCCGUUACGAAUAAUUCGACGAAAAGGAAAGUCAGAACGCUGACCUUGAGUCUGGUUCGAUCAGAGACUGUCUUCAAGCCACACGUGGGUGCAUCGAUUGAAUCAUUUACUUCCCAUGUUAGUGAUGAAGCCCAUCCUUACCAGUCAUCAACAGUCAAGCGGAUCGUCGCGAGAUCAACAUUAGAGGCUGGAGAAAACGCCUCAGUCAAGCAUGCUACUGCGAAAGGAUGGUGGACAGGCGUCAAUCCAGGGACUUCGUUAGAUUUCAAUCACUAUCUUCUCAUUCCGGUUGGUUACGUGGUUGAUGUGACUAUUGGAACUGGGUCACUUGCCUCAGAGACUGCCGUGCAAAUACCCAUCCAGAUAAUAAACCAUAUAUCUAUCGACCCUCCUCCCGUCUUUGAAUUACCGGAAAGCUUUCGGAAUAUUUCUCUUGCAUACCCAGCAACCCUCACAAAGCCCCAUGGCGAUAAACCCUAUCAAGGGCCCUCGCCGUCUCAAUCG